AUGAAUUCAAACACCCCGAGGCCUGAUGUUGUGGUGGCAGUGGACUUUGGCAUGACGUGCACUGGUGUAGCUUACGCCAACUUGUCCAUUGGCUCCAAAACGGUGAGAUGGAUCCAGCGUUGGCCAGGACGAUCGCAAGCAAACGAGAACAAAGUUCCAACGCUUCUGGUGUAUCCUCGCGACAGGCCUCAGCCUUCAAGUUGGGGAUUUCUGUCAGAGAAUAUCUCUGAAAUGACUGCGCAAGAUAAGGACUAUAAGGAAUGGUUCAAAGUCUGGCUUGACGAGGAGAAACUCUGGAAAGCACAAGCAAAGGCACCUGAAUUCGCAGCAAAGUCAAUCGAAGAAGUGGAAAAAUGGUAUACCGAUUAUUUGCGCUGUCUCAACCAACACAUUGAGGCAAAACUCUCAUCGGAAGUUGCUCGCAAACGAUGGGAAGAUGCAAUCGUAGAAUUCCAUUUUAGCGUUCCAACGACAUGGCAACCAGCAACCGUCGAGAGAUUUCGCUCGAUUACUAGUCUCGCAGGCUUUGGAAAAUACCCUUCUCACACCACAACCAUCGGGUUGACUGAAGCUGAAGCGGCCGCUGUCCACACGUCUCAGGAGGCGUCGGGAAUCUUUUCCGAGGGAGAUGUUGUCCUCGUCUGCGAUGUUGGCGGUGGAACAACCGAUCUCUCAGUUCUGCGUGUGACGGACGUUACCAGCGGCUGCUUAUCCCUUCGACAACUUGAUGUCGUCUUCGGUUCAACGGUAGGCUCGACCUUCAUCGAUGCCCAGUUUGAGAAGGAAGCCGAGGCAAGACUCAAGAUGGCGAACCAAACUGGUCCACUAAACAUUGACAUAGAAGAAACGGCGUGGGAGAUGAUGAAAUCCAAGGAGUUCCAAAACGCGAAAUGCGACUAUGGCUCAGCAGACGAUGCAGAAGUCUUCUCCAUCCCCAUUCCCAAACUUAGCUAUGCAUACAGCAAUGGACUAGUUGGUAUCUUCAAUGGAGAGAUGCAGUUCAAGAUAGUGGAGCUUCAAGCACUAUUUGAUCCACAGCAGAUUAAAAAAUUGUUCCAACUCAUCGACACGCAGAUUCAGCGGAUGCAGCAAAAAGAUCCAAGCGAGCGAAUAGCUCAUAUGGUCCUCUCUGGGGGGUUGGGCAACUCUCUAUACGUCCAAAGGAAGCUGAGAGAGCGAUAUGCCGCUGGCGAUGGCUCUCCACAUCUGAAUACUGCCCGGCAAAUGCAAGUGAGGGUAGCACCUGAUCCUCAGCUGGCCGUGUGCAAGGGCCUCGUGGCAGAUCGCAUUGCGAAACUCAGUUCCGGAAAGUCCAUUCUCGGUUGGAGAUGCUGUAGGGCGUCCUACGGAACCAAAUGCAAGGUCUUGUACAAUCCCGAAAAUCCACAGCAUCAUAAUAGGCAGACAGUGCGUGAUGCGCUUGACGACAAGCUAUACUUACAUGAUACAGUAGAGUGGUUUAUCAAAAAGGGCGAUCCGGUGUCCAUAGAUAGGCCCAUCAUUCACAACUUUCGGCGAAAAGUCCCACCAGGGGAUCCCACUCGAAUAUUUCCCACAGACGUGAUCGCAUCAAACGUAGCGAAAGAAAUACUCCCUUUUCAAAUCGACCCUAGUAUUUUCAAGCUCAAGAACAGGCACUUCUGGAACAAUGGACCCAAAUAUUAUCGAGUUGAAUUCUCCAUUCGAGUCGUUCUUGGUCCUGGUACGAAGACCCUAGCGAUAUUGACGGGCAACACUGACAAAGUCUUCUACAGCGGACAUUCGGUUUGA